UUCUCAGAGGCGACGAAUGCUGUGAAAGCUUCCUUCAAAAGGAAUUGGAGAAGAGAAGACCUAACGAAUAAAGGGAGAAUUCCCCUAUACGCUCACAAAUGCUUGAAAAAAAUAUAUCUUACCCUCUUCUGUGCCCUGUUGAGCUUUACUAUUGGAUCCUACUUCCAUUUCAUUUGGGACUCCGGGGGCUUGUUUACUGUCCUUACUGCUGCUGGAACUAUUCUCCUCCUUUUCACUACAUCGCCAUUAGCAGUGAGGAUGAAGGUUUUAUUGUUGAUGACUGCUGCCUAUUCCAUAGGGGCUUUGGUUACCAAAUAUCACAAUGGUAAGACUCAAAAGAUGCUAAACAUUGUUCAGAUUUCUAUCGUUGUAAGGAACCUGAAUUUUCAUCGACUUUGAUUGUGUACAGAGAGGGGCUUUUUCAUUGAUUGGUUACUUGUAUGAAUUGGAUGAACUGAUGACAUUAACUGUAGUCAUUCUCCAUAGCAUCCUGUUUAUUUUUG